AUGACGUCCAAACUGGUGGUUAAGCAGCCCGCGCCCGUCAUGGUUCACCAAGAGUCAAACCAGUGGGGCAGCAGAAUCUGUGAUUGUUGCGAUGACCUCCCCAUGUGCUGCUUCGCAUUCUGGUGCCUACCUUGCUUCGAGUGUGUGACAGUGAAAAAGUACGGCGAGUGCUUAUGCCUCCCCCUGGUGGAUUACCUGCUCAGUCCCUGCGUGCCCCCUGUCACCAUGACCACCAGACAGUCCAUGCGCCAGCUCUACGGGAUACAGGGCUCCAUGUGCAACGACUGCGUGUGUGCCACCUUUUGCCGUUCCUGCGUGUGGUGCCAGAUGGCGCGUGAGAUGAAGGAGCGCUCUAUCCAAAUCGUGCUUGUUAACAAACACACAAAGAACUUAGCCUGA